GCUCACACACACAGAGAGCAAGUGAUGGGAGACAAACUCAGUCCCUGACGUCCGCAUCGCUCACCUGGCGAUAUUUCUAUUGCCUCUUUUCUCAUCUAUUUAUUUGUUUUCAUCAAGAAUAAAGACAUCCAUCAUCUUUUUUUUCCCCAAGCAGAACUGGGGUUGAAGCAGAAGGUGAACUGCCGCAUUUUCAAUAUCAGUUUCCAUGUUGGCUAUACUUUGUGUUUUUGGGAAAUUGCGCACUGGUUUUCCAGGAUCUCAGUCAUGGCAGAGGAGUGAGUCGCCUUUGCCAAAAUGCCUGUUAACUGGAAUAUAACUUUUCCACGGCGGCCCUAUGGAAUAUAGUCCGAUAUUACACAAUCUACAUGUUGUGCCAUCAUCCCACGUGAAAAACAAACUAUUUGUGUUCUGCAUAAUGCUGUCCCUUUGGGUGUAUAUGAUUUAUUGUUGUGUUGGCUACUGCUCAACGAUGCCAAACCUGACGUACAGCUCGGUGAAAAGGCACGAAAACGAUUCAGAAGUUGACAACCAGGAGUCGUCUCUCGGGGCGUCCAGGGACUUACUGAAUAACGAGAACGACUUGGACAGCAGAGGAGAGGAGUGGGAUGAAAUUAGAGGCGAGGCGAAGGCGUUGGAUGAUAAUGCCAUGUCAGGUUUCCUCAAUGAGUCGGAAAGUAAAAAGUUGCCCCAGGCGAUCAUCAUCGGGGUGAAGAAAGGAGGAACCCGGGCGCUGCUGGAGUUCCUGCGGCUGCAUCCAGACAUCCGAGCGGUGGGAGCGGAGCCGCACUUCUUCGACCGCAACUACGACAAGGGAAUGGAGUGGUACAGGGAAUUGAUGCCCAAGUCAUCGGAGGGCCAGUUGACCAUGGAGAAGACCCCCAGCUACUACGUCACCAAGGAGGUCCCUGCAAGAAUCUACACCAUGUCUAAAGACAUAAAGCUGAUUGUAGUUGUCCGGGAUCCUGUCACCCGGGCCAUCUCAGACUACACCCAGACUCGCUCCAAGAAGCCGGACAUCCCGUCCUUCGAGAGCCUGACCUUUAAGAACAUGUCAGCGGGUCUGAUUGACACCACAUGGAGCGCCGUUCAAAUUGGCAUGUAUGCUAAGCACCUCGAGCGCUGGCUGCAGUACUUCCCUACGGAGCAGCUGCUGUUUGUUAGCGGAGAGCGUCUGAUUAGCGACCCCGCAGGUCAGAUGGCUCAUGUCCAGGACUUUCUUGGGCUAAGGAGGGUGGUCACGGAGAAGCAUUUCCACUUUAACCCAGCAAAGGGCUUCCCUUGCCUUAAGAGACCUGAGUGGAACAGCAAGCCACACUGCCUGGGCAAAACCAAAGGCAGGACCCAUCCUAAUAUUGACCCAGAGGUGGUGCAGAGGCUAAGGGACUUUUAUAAACCCUUUAAUAGCAAGUUCUACCAGAUGACUGGUCAUGACUUUGGCUGGGAUUGAAAGGAUAACUUCAUGCGGGUCCAUUGUCUGUGUUUUCACUCUGGAGAUAUUGUUAUAGAGUGUAUGUACAUUAUUUGGUGGAUGUGUAAAAAGUUCAGAAGUCUAUUUUAUGAUAAUUUAUUGAUAUGAUAUUAACUCACUAAGCUGCCUAACCAGGUUCAUUCAUGAUCCACAACACACUUCAUAUUCCAUUUUUAGUUCUAAUUGAAUAUUUUUAUAAAAGCACAAUGUUUUUUACGGGUAUUAUGAGCAGGGUCCCUGUUUUCCAUCAGGACAUUUUCUUUGGCUUUGCGUGGAUAACCACUUCUCUGUCUUUUACUUUUCCAAAUGCUUCUUUUGCUUCACCUUUAGCUGAACGAGAUCUAACUUUACAAACAAAUGUUAAUAUCCCGUUAACAUUUGCCUGACCCUCAGAGGUCUGUGGACCCACUUAGUCAGGUCGAUACAGGCCUCAGCUGAUCCAGUGCCACUUGCCAGGUGAAUCAAUACAGUAAUAGCUCCUCAUCAUGUCAAUUAGACCUGAGUGAUGGCACUGCCUUGAUCUCUUGAGCACCGCAAUAAAACAUGGAUCCAUUAAUGGUAAUAA